AGGCUAAAAUGUGUGCCAUGUUUCGCAGCGUUGGCCAGCCUGGGCUACGAGAAGACAUGCGUGCUGUUCAACGCCGCAGCGCUGGCCAGCCAGAUCGCCGCCGAACAGAACCUGGACAACGACGAGGGCCUCAAAAACGCCGCCAAAUAUUAUCAGCUGGCUAGCGGCGCCUUCGGCCACAUCAAAGACACGGUGCUGUCGGCCCUCAACCGUGAGCCCACCAUGGACAUAGCCCCCGAAACGGUGGGCACCCUCAGCAUCAUCAUGCUGGCGCAGGCCCAGGAGGUCUUCUUCCUCAAAGCCACCACAGACAGGAUGAAGGACGCCAUCAUCGCCAAGCUGUCCAAUCAAGCGGCAGACUUCUACGGUGACGCCUUCAAGCAGUGUCAGUACAAAGACAACCUGCCUAAGGUAUGCCGAACAUGCUCAACCUGACAACCGAUGAUACACACGCUCAGUAAUUGUGCGUGUAAAGC